AUGGCUGGUCAAGAAGGCUAUUCUGAUUCGGAAAGCUCUGGUACAGUAUGCAGCUUAGAGCCAGCUAUCACUACGGGUUUUCAGAUUGGUGUGUUUUCUCAGACUCCAUCUGCUGGUGAUAGCAAGGCUGUUAAAGCUGUUCGCCGUAGGCCUCCUGGAAACGGAAAGCUCAGGCCGAGAAAGCUAUCUCUAAAAGGAACUCGUCCUUCGAACUUGCACUUACACCUAUGGAGUCUGGUAGCAAGCUGUCGAUCAGUAGUUUUCUUUCUUUCUUGUGUCUAUGGUGACCCCGUCAGAGCAAGAAGACAAGAUGUGUGGGAUCGUUUGGUGGAAGUUGGAAUGAGAAGAAAUGAAGCUUGGCUGCUUACUAGUGACUUCAAUGAGCUAAUGUCAAAUGAAGAGAAAUUGGGAGGCGCAGUGCAAGUUGAAUCUACAUUCUGGGGUUUCCUGAAUAUGGCUUGUGAUUGUAAGAUCAGGGAGUUACGUAGUUCUGCUAGUGUUGAGUAUGGAGGCAUGUGGGGAUCGGAUCACAGACACUUACUGAUUGGUUUUGUGCUGGAGCUACGAGAACUGCAUAGGGGGCGGUUCUACUUGGAUAACAGAAUGUUUGCUAAGGUUGGGUUUGAAGCAGCAAUCAUCAAAGGUUGGGGUGAUAAUGAUAAUCAAGCGUGUCUCAUGGACCAUAUCUCGAGUUGCAGAAAGGAGAUAUCUAGAUGGAAAAAAUCUUCUGAUCUCAAUUCGCAUGAGAAAAUCUUGAGACUAAAGGCAGCUUACGAACUUGAGGGGCGUAAAGUGAGGAAUAAGAUUCUUAUGCUGCUGGAUGAAUUGGGCAACAAGCAUUUUUCUGAAGGUUCUAAGGGGGAGAUUACAGACUUACGGCUCCUGUCUGUUGAGGAGAUACGGAAAGAAGCUAUGAGCGUCAAUGGAGGAAGUGCCCACGGGGAAGAUGGCCUGACCGGUUCUUUCUAUCACAAGUAUUGGUACGUUGUAGGACCGGCCAUCACUAAGGAGAUACUACUCUUCUUUGAAUCUGCGAUCAUACCUAUGGGUUGGAACCACACACAACUGAGCCUCAUCCCGAAGGUGGUCCUACCAACCUUGGUGUCAGAUACACAAGAAGAUUUUGUCUCGGGUAGACUCAUCUAUGAUAACAUUAUCAUUGCGCACAAGAUAGUUCACUCACUUCAGAUGAACGAUAGAGUUGCCGAAGAUUUCAUGGCGAUAAAAACAGAUAUGUCCAAGGCUUAUGAUCGUGUUGAGUGGUGUUUCCUAGAGACACUAUUGGAGAGGUUUGGCUUUGACAGAGUUUGGGUUCGGUGGAUCAUAGCGUGCGUUAGCUCUGUUUCCUACUUGGUGUUACUGAAUGGAGCUUCACACGGCUUCAUCAAACCUGCGCGUGGUUUGCGGCAGGGUGAUCCACUGUCUCCUUUCCUUUUCAUCCUAUGUGCGGAGGCCUUAGUGAAUUGUUUGAACAACUCUACUGCUUCAGGUCAUCUACACGGAAUUGGUAUUGGUUCCUUGGGUCCGGAAGUACUUCACUUGCUGUUUGCAGACGAUAGUCUGUUGAUAUGUAGAGCUUCUUCUGUGGAAGCUAAAGAGGUUAUGUUAUGUCUCGAUAUGUAUGGUGACGCGUCAGGGCAGAGAUUAAAUCUGGAAAAGUCUUCCAUCAUUUUCGGAUCUAAAGUCCCAAUCGACCUGGUAGUUGAGCUCAAAACUAUCUUGGGAAUUGAGAAGGAUGGAGGUGAGGGAACCUAUCUCGGCUUACCAGAAUGCUUUAGUGGGUCUAAGAGACAACUUCGGAGCUUUAUAAGGGGCAAGAUUCAAGGUCGCUUAAAUGGAUGGUUCUCGAAAUCCCUCUCUCAAGGGGGCUCUCGACCGUCGUUUGCUUGGCCCAUUUUGCUACAUGGCAGAGAACCGUUGCAGCAGGGGUUGGUUACAAGGAUUGGCAAUGGUACAUCUACGAAUGUGUGGUGGGACAAAUGGAUCAUUGAUUAUGUUCCUCGUACUCCAGACUAUGGACCUGAGUCCUUGGUUGAUCUUACGCUAAAAGUUGAUGAUUUAUUGGACUCCCAAGCAGCUUUGGAGGAUUUGAAGUCUCCUCCUUUGGUUCCUACUCCCCAAGUGGAACAACUACUCUGGAAAUCUAUCUGGAAAGCCAAAACUACUCCUAAAUUGCGACAUUUUCGCUGGCGUAUACUCUCAGGUGCUUUGGCUGUAAAAGAGAGAUUACGUUCGAGAGGCAUCAACAUUGAUACGACAUGCUCUUCAUGUCGUAAUGGCCGUGAAGAUAUCAACCAUGUGCUCUUUCAAUGUCGGUUUGCUCAACAUGUUAGGUCGCUCUCUGCGGUUCCUAUGCCUCCAUCAGGCCAUCAUGGAAGCUCAGAUUUGGCGAGAGCUGAAGUUUCCCGACGAUCAGAAACUCCUCUAGUUUCAUGUCCCACGGUCUGGUCUAAGCCUCCUGACGAUUGGAUCAAAUGCAACGUUGGGGCUUCAUGGUUAAAUUGUUCAGUUAACAGUGGAGGUGCUUGGAUUGUCCGUAACCCUGAAGGUAUGACUCUCCUCCAUAGUACAAGAGCUUUCUCCAAUGUUUCAACCCCACUGGAAGCAGAUCUUUGUUCUCUCCUAUGGUCUAUUGAGUCAAUGCGGAGUUUACGAUUGAAUAAAGUCAUCUUUGAGUCCUUAUCAGCUAUUCUCAGAGAUGCCUUCCUUAAUCCAUCUUUCGACUCUCCAACGUGGCCUAUGGUAUUGAAUAUUCUCCACACGUUCGGCGAAUGGAGGGUGGAGCAUGUGAAAGUAAUAAAGUUGCGUCCAUGA